CUGUUUUUUUUUGCCACGCCAUUUUAUAACAGAUGCGAACUUGUCAAACAGAAGAAAAAGAUGGGACGCUCUGGAUCAAAAUACAGCAGAUCAGAUCCCAGUUAUUAUAGAUUACCAAAAGAGAACGAUGCCCCCCAGCUUUUAAAUGUGAUCAUGCUGGGGAGACACAAGGUAGGGAAGAGUACAGUGGGAAAUGCCAUUCUGGGGAGAAAGGCAUUUAACGUCUGGAGCUUCUUCUUCAAAGGGUGUGUGGAGAAACAGGGAAAUGUAAAUGGCAGGCUCAUCAAACUUGUGCAUACACCUGGCUGGACUGGUUUCGACCAUACCACUUCAGAGUACAAUAAAGGGGAGAUCAAGAGGAGCAUAAUCCAUGAAGGGCGUGUUGCUUGUGUGUUGGUCGUCUCUAUCGACUCACCGUUCACUGCACAAGAUUGGGAAGCAGCGGAGCAGCACAUGGAGCUGAUCGGCGGUUCAGUGUGGGAACACACUGUACUUGUCUUCAUCACACGCAAACCAGACAAGCAGAGAAAUCUGAGAGAGACAGACAUCAUGAAUAUGCACAAAUGGCUUAGGGAGAAAUGUGGCAACAGGUGUCAUUGGCUUGAUAAGACCAUGUCAAUGGCUUAAUUGAAAAAUUGGUUUGUGUAGCGACAUUGUACAAGAAUUAUUACAGUUGCUUUAAAGCGAAUAAUAGUGCAUUUAGCCAAGAAUCACGGCUGGACAGCCAAUGUCCUGAAGAGAGAACGGAAACAGAAAAUGGAAGGCUACAACAGGAGAAUAUUGAGCCACAACAACAAGCCACAACCAGUAUACGCAGAGGGACAACCCAGGAAAGUCACCAUGGUAUUCAAAAUUCACGUGCCAUCUGGCCCUGAUUCCCAACAAGGUGUGCAGUUUGUAGAUGAAAACAGGGCAGAGCUCAUUAAAAGGGUUACUGCAGAAAAUGGAAUAGCAGAUGCUCUCUACAGUAAAAAGAUUGUCCACCGUGAGCUGUACAGUCACAUUCGGGCUGCAGGAACCAGCCAGGAAAGAAUGAGACUGAUCUACUGGGUUCUCAAUGCUGACACAAAGAAAGUUGCCUUCUUGGACCAGCUGACACAGGAGGAACCUUAUCUUAUCCAAGAUCAGGACGCUGACCCACCACCGUCAAGUUCAACGUCGACAACAAGAGAAGUCGCCCAAGCUGAAGAUCGACAGGAUGUAAAGGAAAAUGUCGGAAAGCUGGAAAGAAGGCGCAGCAAGCUCAUGGCUAUGAAGACUGCCCAGAAGCAGGAAAUGGAGUUCUGCAGAUUUCUCGUUUCAAUAACCGAUACCACAGGUCCCAUCAAUGAGAAACUAGAAGACUUCAAACACCAGAGUGUGCUGUUUGUGGAUGAACACAUGGCAGAGUUCGUUGAAAGGGUUACUAUACCAAUGCCAAUAGCAGAUUCUUUACUUACUAAAAAAUUUGUCGGAAUUGAGCAGUACAGUGAGAUCCAGAAGGUAGGAACCAAUCCGGAUAAAAUGAGACUGAUCUACACAGCUCUCAAUGCUGAAUCAAAGAAAACUUCCUUCUUGGAGCUGCUGGUACAGAAGGACCUUUUUUUUGUCCGAGAUCUGGCAAAGAAGAAACUAGAAGAACUUGAGGCCAGUAACACUGCUGCAGACUGAAACAUGAAACAUACAAUUCAACAAAGAUGUGGUCAAUGAUAAGAUAUCUUCCUGCCUGGCUGACUUCUCC